ACGGCUCUCUAGGGUCAGAUAAGGUACAACUUCAUACAUUCCGUCACUAUGCCAACACUAGGACCGCUACAGCGUAAUGUUCUUUAAGUUAAACUAAUUUAAACAUGCGGAUAGUUGUGAUCGGGUCUUUUAUACUGUCAAUAGCAGCUGCUUAUUACAUCUACGUUCCUCUGCCCAGCACUAUAUCAGAGCCAUGGAAGCUUAUGUUUAUGGAUGCAAUAUUACGUGGUAUAAUGCAAUUGAGUUUUCUAGCUCAUGAUCUCGGACUAAGUCGACCCUUCGACUUAAUGAGAUAUGCUGCAUCAUGGGAUGUGAUAAGAGGUCCAAAAUCGAACACUAAAAUCCGGGUCACAGAUACUUCCUUCUCUGGAGUCCUGGCACAAGUAUUUGAGCCCACUUCAACAAACCUGCAGCAGCGUUUGAAAAGAGGUGUCGUUUAUUUCCAUGGAGGUGGAUGGACGCUUGGCAGUGGAAAGAUGCAAACAUAUUUUCUUCAGUGCAGAACUAUGGCUGAAGAGUUGGAUGCAGUUGUAAUAUCUAUUGAGUACCGUCUGGCCCCCGAGGCACGAUUCCCAGAUCAGUACAAUGAUGCUCUUUCGGCCUCGAAACAUAUCCUGACAGCGGAGGUGUUGGGUCGGUACUCUAUAGACCCAGAAAGAGUGGCCGUGUCAGGUGACAGCGCUGGGGCCAACCUAGCCGCUGCUGUUGUGCAACAGAUGGCCUUGGACGACAGCAUUUCUAUUAAGUUCAAAGUUCAGGCUCUUCUCUACCCCGUUCUUCAGGCUCUGGACUUCAACACACCCUCCUACCAGCAAAAUGGCAACAUUCCUAUCCUACACCGUCCACUAAUGGUUCGAUUUUGGCUGGAGUACCUCAAUGGAGAUCCUAAACUUGUUCCGUCUUUGCUGGCUAACAACCACACAGCUCUGAAUCUGGGUCAGGAGAUAGCAGCAGCUAAAGCUAAGAUCAACUGGACCCAGCUUCUUCCAGUGGCCGUUCAAAAAAACUAUAAGCCCGUGGUGCCGCUUCAGGGUGACCCAAAGCUGGUGGAGAUGCUCCCAGCGUUGCUGGAUGUGAGAGCAUCUCCUUUAUUAGCUGAACAGGAAGUGUUGAAGGGUGUGCCGCCUGCUUACAUCCUGACCUGUGAGCAUGACGUUCUGAGAGACGAGGGAUGGAUGUACGGCAGACGACUUGAGGAAGCUGGAGUGCCCGUCACCAUUGAUCACUAUGAAGAUGGUUUUCAUGGAUGCACAAGUUUUGCUUUCGGGCCCUUCCGAUUCUCGGUGGGAUUGCGGAGUUUUGGGAACUACAUCCAUUGGCUACUUAAGAACCUCUAGCAGUUUUUUAAGGCACAGAUUUCAUAGUUUUCUAUUUUGAUGUUAAAUAUAUUUUAAGUAUAUUUUAAAAUGAAUCAUUUUAGAUUGAAAACAUGCAAUGCAACCAUUCAAUGCAACAGAGUAUUUGUGAAGAACUGAAUAGGAACAAUACCACUGACACAUGGCUUCUGUACCUCUGAAUUAAAAUAGUUUUAGUAACAAUAAACUAUUGUUUCAGUAUAA